CAGUUUAUAAGUUAAACACAAAAUGAAAAGAUAUCUGUUGAGCUUAGUGUUCGUUUGCCUCGCUGUUUUGAUCGGUGUGGUGGCAGGUGCUCGUACGUACGACGUACGACAUGAGGAUGUGGUUAACUUUCCAGGAAGUUUAAUAGUCCCCUCCCUGAAAAGAAAAUCUGCCAGAGAUCCCUACUUUUAUGGCUCGGUAAAAUUCUUAAAGGAUAUCACUAAUGAGGAUAAGGUUACCGUAAGAAUCUAUGAGAAUGCAUCCGGAGAAUAUAGGGAGGAACCUUUCGAUAACCUGAAGAAUCGACACGUCUGCGAGGCUCUGAAAGACUUAUAUUCCCGCUUCCUAAAACCCAUUUUAGUGACGGGAGAAAACACAAACUUUAACUUUAAGAAUGGAAAGGUGUGCCCCUUGCCAAAAGGUGAUUACUCGAUUGACGUCCUUAGGUUCAACGUUUCGGCUUGGAAUGUUGAUUGGGCGUUGAAAGAUGCUCAGUACUGGGGUAAUCUUACUGUUGUGGACAAAAACGGAAAAUUUGGAGGCGGUGUUAGUUUCCAGGUGACUGUUAGAGUGUACAACGGUUAAAUACGUUCGUUAACGUAAAUACAUUUAUAUUAUCGGCAACUGUUUAAUUGCUUUUCGUUUGCCGGCUUUUAAUGAGCUCCUCAUCGUAAUAAAUGUAAUAUCAGCAA